CCUCAUAAUGAUGGGACCCCCUCUCUUCAGGGUUGAGAUGACUAAGGAGGACACUAAAGAUCCUCCACCCUGUUUCUGCCCCAGCUCCCAUCGAACCAGCAGCCUGAGGAGCAUUGCAAACUUGCUGAAUGAAGGUGCAGUGUGUGGAGUACCUACGGACACGGUGUAUGCUCUGGCAGCUUCUUGCAAACAGCCAGAAGCUAUUGAGAAAAUCUACAGAAUCAAGGACAGGCCUCAAGAGAAGCCCAUCUGCAUCUUCAUUUCAAACCUGGACCAGUUGCGAGCUGCUGCUCCCCCCUUCAGCCCUCUGCUUUGGGAGUUUAUGGAGAAUGUUUACCCUGGAGGCAUUGGCUGCAUCAUCAAGAAAGGAGAAUGGCUGAAGAAGUUAGGGGUUGGAGCAGGCUAUGACCGAGUCCGGACCAAAGACAGCAUAAUGAUCAGAGUGCCUGACCAAACCAUCACCGUCCAUCUCAUAGACAUGACGGGCCCCUUGGCCAUCACCUCUGCUAAUCCCAGUGGAGAGAUUGACAGCACCCACCACGACAUGGUCAUCUCGCGUCUUGGCCACAAGCUAGAGGGGGUUCUCUGUGAUGGGGAAUCCAACGAGGUGGUGGCAUCCACAGUGGUCAACUGCACAAAGAUCGAUGAAGGUGGCAUCACCAUCCUGAGAGAAGGCUGUGUGCCAGCAGCCAAGGUGCGGCAGAUAUUUGAAAGGGUGAAGAACGGAGCAGCAUGAAGUUGAAAGAAAAUCUCACUGAACAAAGAGCAAGAUGCACUCUCCUUACACCAAGGCUAAGGGGGCCAAUCCUUGUUUGAAAGAUCUGAUUCAAUUAGCCCACAUUUGCUCCUACAAUGUUCAAGUGCAUUGCUAUAUGUUACCUUCCAGAUCCCACACUGAAUCACUGAGGGACCUUGGGAAAAAUCACAGCUUCUCUGAUCAUCCAUUUACCUACUUGUGAAAUAAAACUCAUCCCCAGCAUCUCACACAGAUUACAUGAGGUCUAAUUCAUAAAGUGCUUUGAGAUGCCAGGAUGAAAAGUGGGUAAGCAACAAGAACAGCCCAAUAUGACUUGCAGAGGUGAACGUACUGAAGCAGAGAGUCUUAUCUGAGAAAUUCAGAUGCAAUUAUGGUGCAGCAGAGACUUGUGUAAUUCACAAACAUAGGAGCCUUCAUUGUAUCUCUGUUUCUAGAGGUGAUUCUUUUCUAGGGCCGCACGCCUUAGAGCUUGUUGGAAACCAAAGUUGCCAUCCCACAGGAAAUUCUGAUAUUUCAACAUUUGUUUGAUCCCAAAAUGGGACAAAGUGUUGAAAAUGUCCACAGAAUGAAACAUUCCAAAAAGAAAUUCAGUCUGGAACUGUUGAAACGCAAAAAUAUAAUUCCUAUUGGAAAUGUCAAUAUUAUGUUUCAUUUAUAUAUGUUAUAUAGGGACACUCUGGAAAGUUAAUCCAAAUUAACUAGAAGUAUGAAUUUAACAUCUAUAAUUAACUACAUUAAACACCUGUAUGGACAUUCUUAUUAGA